AUGGAGGAGAAUGACCCCAAGCCCAGCGAAGCGGCGGCGGCGGUGGCGGUGGAGGGGCAGCGGCAGCCGGAAUCCAGCCCCAGCGGCGGCUCGGGCGGCGGCGGCAGCAGCCCGGGCGACGCGGACACUGGCCGCCGGCGGGCUCUGAUGCUGCCCGCGGUCCUGCAGGCGCCGGGCAACCACCAGCAUCCACACCGCAUUACCAACUUCUUCAUCGACAACAUCCUGCGGCCCGAGUUCGGCCGGAGAAAGGACGCGGGGACGUGCUGUGCCGGCUCCGGAAGAGGCAGAGGCGGCGGAGGCGGCGGCGAAGGCGGCGCGGGCGGCGCGGAGGGAAGCGGCGGCGCGGGCGGCGCCGAGCAGCUCCUGGGGUCGAGCCGGGAGCCCCGGCAGAACGCGCCGGGUGCGCCGGGUGCGGGCGGACCGCUGCCCGGCGGUGGCGGCGGCGACUCUUCGGGUGACGGCGAAGGCGGCUCCAAGGCGCUCUCGCUGCACAGCGGCGCCAAGAAAGGCGGAGACCCCGGGGGCCCCCUGGACGGGGCGCUCAAGGCCCGCGGCUUGGGCGGCGGCGACCUGUCUGUGAGCUCGGACUCGGACAGUUCGCAGGCCAGCGCCAACCUGGGUGCGCAGCCCAUGCUUUGGCCGGCUUGGGUCUACUGCACGCGCUACUCGGACCGACCUUCUUCAGGUCCCAGGUCUCGCAAACCAAAGAAGAAGAACCCCAACAAAGAGGACAAGCGGCCCCGCACGGCCUUCACGGCGGAGCAACUGCAGAGGCUCAAGGCCGAGUUCCAGACCAACAGGUACCUGACGGAGCAGCGGCGCCAGAGCCUGGCCCAGGAGCUCAGCCUCAACGAGUCACAGAUCAAGAUUUGGUUCCAGAACAAGCGCGCCAAGAUCAAGAAGGCCACGGGCAACAAGAACACGCUGGCCGUGCACCUCAUGGCGCAGGGCCUGUACAACCACUCCACCACCGCCAAGGAGGGCAAGUCGGACAGUGAGUAG